ACCUUCACGAAAAAGUACACAAGAAAAAAUAGUUGCUGGAUUCCAGAUAUUCAAGAAGGAUUUAUUGGUGCAGAUAUCAAAUCCAGCUCAGAUACUGAUGUUACAGUCGUCACAUGGACAGGAAUUGAAAAAAAAGUUAGGAAAGAGGAAGUGCAAGAAAUGAAUCCUCCGCAGUUCCACAGAACGGAGAAUAUGUCUAAUUUGACUUUCCUUAAUGACGCAGGCGUACUGUAUAACCUGCGGGAACGCUACAACUCCAUGCUGAUCUACACUUACUCAGGUCUAUUUUGCGUCGUCAUAAAUCCAUACCAGAAAAUUCCGGUAUACACAGAAGACAUCGUCAAGAUGUACAUGGGAAAAGGGCGAACGGAAAUGCCACCUCAUCUUUUCGCCGUUGCUGACGAAGCUUACCAAAACAUGAUGAAAGACAAAGUAAAUCAAAGCAUCCUCAUUACUGGGGAAUCAGGGGCAGGGAAGACGGAGAACACGAAACAGGCAAUCUUCUACUUUGCCAAAAUCGGCUCCACGCAGCUGUCGGAUCAGCGCCCAGUAAAGACAAGCUUGGAAUGCCAGAUUCUUCAUACGAAUCCGGUGUUGGAAGCGUUUGGCAAUGCGAAGACCGCGAGAAACAACAACUCGUCUCGUUUUGGAAAGUACAUUCGCGUGUACUUCAACGAGCAAGGAAAACUAGCGGGCGGCGACAUCGUCCACUAUUUAUUGGAAAAGAUUCGCGUUGCCAAGCAAUCGGUUGGAGAAAGGAGUUUCCAUAUCUUUUAUCAAAUCAUGUCUGGGGGUAUUCCAGGACUCAAAGAAACUUGCAAUCAAAACGGAAAGCAUAUUUUAGAGAAACUGUUUCUUCGCAAAAACAUCAGUUCAUACGGUUUCGUGUCACAGGCAGAAGUGAAAAUAGACGGAGUCGACGAUGCGAUUGAAAUGAAAAAUACGGAUGCCGCGUUCGACGUGAUGGGCUUCGACAGUUUGGAGAAGGAAAAUCUGUACAGACUAACUGCUGCCAUAAUGCACAUGGGAGAAAUGAAAUUUAAACAACGUCCGAGGGAAGAACAAGCCGAAACCGAUGGCACUGAGGAAGUAGAACUAGUUUGCAAACUGUUGGAAAUGGACUCCACCGCGUUCUUGAAGGCUCUGUUGCAGCCUCAAGUGAAAGUUGGCUCAGGAUGGAUGAACAGAAGCCAGAAUUUAAAUCAGGUAACAUGGGCUGUUGGAGCUCUUGCUAAAGCUAUUUAUUCUCGUAUGUUCCUGUGGCUAGUGACGAGGUGCAACAAGUCUUUGGACGUGUCUGACCGACUGAAGAAGUACUUCAUUGGAGUGUUAGACAUUGCCGGAUUCGAGAUCUUCAAUUGCAAUUCGUUCGAGCAGCUGUGGAUUAAUUUUGUCAACGAAAAAUUGCAGCAGUACUUUAAUCACCACAUGUUCGUACUGGAACAAGAGGAAUACCGGAAGGAAAAGAUUGCGUGGGAAUUCAUCGACUUCGGUUUGGAUUUGCAGGCUUGUAUCGACUUGAUUGAAAAGCCAUUAGGGAUUCUGUCAAUGCUUGAUGAAGAAUGCAUUGUGCCACGUGCCACGGAUGCGACGUUCGUCCAGAAACUGAUGGACCAGCAUCUCGGGAAGCAUCCAAAUUUUCAGAAGGCCAAACCUCGAAGGAAAGACCAAGCCGACGCUCAUUUCGCCAUCAUUCAUUAUGCAGGAACGGUGCGAUAUAAUGUGCUUGGCUGGCUGGAGAAAAACAAAGACCCUUUAAACGAAUGCAUCAUCUCUGUGAUGAAAAGCACGUCGAAAAAUAAACUGCUGCUCGAUAUCUGGAGCGACUAUAUGACAAGAGAAGAUCUUCAGAAGUCAGGGUUAGAAGCGGCGAAGAAGGUUGGAAAGUCUUCUAGCUUCCGAACCGUUUCAAUGAUGCAUAGAGAAAACUUGGCAAACCUGAUGAACAUGCUCACCACCACGCAACCUCACUUUAUCCGAUGCAUUGUACCGAACGAACUCAAGAAAAGCGGCCAUAUAGAGGCAAGUCUCGUGCUCAACCAGCUGACCUGCAACGGAGUGUUAGAAGGAAUUCGCAUCUGUCGAAAAGGAUAUCCGAACAGACUUUUGUACACCGAUUUCAACAGAAGGUAUCAGAAUCACGCAACUGCAGUCGAAUUGGCGCAGAGAAUCAUUGUACAUGGUUUUUUAACCAACAUAGACCUAAAAUUACGUCAGCCAUUCAUGUCACUUCAACUUUCAGAACAGAGAAAGACAGAUAAGAUAAUUCGAGAGCAGUAUGCGCUUCUGGCAAAUGAGGACACGAAGUCUUGCAAAGACGCAAACGAGAUUACGAAAAUCGUUCUAACGAACUUGGUUGUACAGGAAACGUUGUCUGAAGAAGAGUUUCAGCUUGGCUUAACAAAAGUUGUACUUAGCGCUGGCACCUAUCCUCCGUGA